AUGGCAUCACAGCAAGACGAGGCAGAAGAGGGCCCGACGCUGUACGCAGCGUCGCCGUACUUUGCAGCGGAUACUAUGCGCCGCGAACGCCGUGCCGAGGCUGCAGCGCGGCGUCGUGCAUACGGACAACGCCACCCGCUUUUUUUCGGCACGGCACGCAGGAUUGCAGACCCAAGUUUGCUGACGGUGCUUGUGCUUCUCCUUGGGCUUGCCUACGUGUUUCUCCCGUUUGGCUCGCUUUUUGGGAGGUACGGUGAUGCGGCGCGUGGCGGUUUUUUCCCAUCCACCAUCAUCUCCAUAGGCGCACCCAACAUGCCUGCCCAGAAAACGUUUACACUCGGCGCACGCACCAAAGGAUGCCACCUCGUGCAAAGCGAAGUCGACGCGGAGGUGCGCGAUAUCAUGCGUGGCGUCAAGGCUGGUAUUCUGACGCUCUUUAUCCUGCACACGAGUGCCGCGCUCUCGCUGAACGAAAAUUUUGACAGGGAUGUCCGCUCGGAUAUGGAUAUGGCACUCGACCAUGCGGUCCCAGAGGAUUUGCCUUGGCGCCACACGGACGAAGGGCCGGACGACUCGGCGUCGCAUACCAAGGCGUCGCUUAUUGGACCGUCGUUGACGAUCCCUAUUACGGAUGGGCGCAUGAAUCUCGGGACGUGGCAGGGUGUGGUACGUGCCGUUGUCUACUUACGCAGUACCUGUGUGAAUUCCGACGUGCAAAGCAUGCGCGACGUAUUGUAG